CAUUUACACCACGGCGUUUCUUCGGUGUUCAUCUGUAUGCACGGCUAUCGAUCCUUCUCGUAUCACUAGCUUGUACAGCUCUGUCCUUCCUUUUGUCAUACUACCUUCUACUAUAUAUUUUUAUAUAACGUGACCGGCAAGCGAGCGACGCCGGUAAGCGAACGACGCACCCCACCACAAUGUUACGCGUCUUGACUUUUAACUGCAAUGGCACAACAAUCCGAUGACCUGUUUGGUUCCAUACAAGGACCAGGCCAAAGUUGCAGUUCAAACAAUCAAGCAAAACCCAAUACUUACCCAGCAAUAUGCUGCUGCAAUAAAUAAAGUCAGCAAAAGCACAGUUUGGGCGCAUCAAUGUGGUAGGACAGCACGACGUUUGGAAAAAUCAGAGUGUCUCGCUUGCUUGUACGCUAGACAACUAACCCAACAGCAUGGUCGCCAAAGAGUCCUGUGCAGCAACCAGAGGGUGGUUGAGCCCUGGUUUGACCUUGUACAGAAUGCAAAGGCAAAGUACGGUCGUCACGAAUCAAGCCUCGUCACCUCGUCUCACUCCAACCCCAAAUCCUGGCCGGUCAAACACACCCCACAUGUCACAUGCCACUGUCACAGCGGGGUCUUCCUUGUGACGUGGGAGCGUUUUGUGGCGCAGCUGAGGGAGCCGAUGGUGGAGCGGGCGCUAGGUUUCAGUGUUGUGAGACGGCGUCGUGACUCGAGGGCAGCCUCGUGUUCGGGAGUGUGCCGAGGUUGGGAGUUGUGGAUAUGAGGGCGGGAUUUGGGGCUGAAGCAAAGGCUGAAGAUGGGUGGGUGGAGCGGGAGUCGAAUACACAAGUGAAGAGCGUUGGGGGCGUGGAGAAAUCUCAUGAUUUCCAUUUUGGAUGUUCUAACUUGAAAAACGACACGAGACAACAGAAGAGUUGAACUAAGGAA